GAGCACGCUUCACCCGCCGAAAACCCUAGCCUCCGACUCAUAUACCCGCUGCUCAUCCCCACCCUCCUCGACUCCCGCCGCCGCCGCACCCCUCCUCUUCGUCGCUCGCCUCGCCUGCCUCGCGCCGCCGCCACCUCCGCCAUGGCCCCGAAGAAGGACAAGGCCCCGCCGCCGUCGUCCAAGCCGGCCAAGUCCGGAGGCGGCAAGCAGAAGAAGAAGAAGUGGAGCAAGGGUAAGCAGAAGGAGAAGGUUAACAACGCGGUGCUCUUCGACCAGGCCACCUACGACAAGCUGCUCACCGAGGCGCCCAAGUUCAAGCAGAUCACUCCAUCCAUCCUCUCCGAGCGCCUCAGGAUCAAUGGAUCCCUGGCUCGGAGGGCCAUCAAGGACCUGAUGGCAAGGGGGCUCAUAAGGAUGGUCGCCGUUCAUUCCAGCCAGCAGAUAUACACCAGGGCAACAAACACAUGAGGGAUGUUUUGCAUCUUGUUGAAGUUACCUAGUCUAGGGGGCUUGGAAGUUGCUGUUGCACUAAGUUUAUUUCAAUCAUGACUCAGUUGAUGUUACCAUUGCCGUUGAGAAUGUUUAAUACUUUUGAGAUCAUGGUACUAUUUUAAGCUCAUGUUGCCAGCCUAGUCUGUCAGUCUAUCA